AUGAAAACAAGUAAAAAAUUGCAAAAAAAAAAUCCGAAAAAAUCGGCGCCUGCGGCGGGCCACGGCGUGUUUGUUUUCUGGAUUCUACGCAGUCGUCCGGGCUGGCUCUGCUUGAUUGGGAGCUCUGCUUGGGAGCUCUGCUUGGGAGCUCUGCUUGGGAGCUCUGCUUGGGAGCUCUCUCUGCUUGGGAAUGCGACGGCAGACCAUUCUCGCCAGGCACUGCUUGCCGUAUGCUCGCGCGUGAUCAACGACUCGCUCGCGCGGGAUCCGUCAACGUGGCGCGUCGGGGGCCGCUAUCAGCUUCACCAGUGGCAGCUCUGGCUCUCCCUGGAGCGAGGAGCAGACGGGCAGCAUCUUCUCCCCACCUCCGAGCGCCAGCUUUGCCGCGACGCUAUGCAAGACACGCAAGAGCAUCUCGAGCCGCGCACCGGCUACUCGCUCGACCUGGCGCUGCCCUCGUCACGCGUCGCGGUCGAGCCACAGCCACGCCCUGCGGUGACGGUUAUGUUGAUCCACGGGAUGCAUUGCCGUGGCGAGCAUUGGGCCGAGUUUGCCGAGAGGCUCGAAGCGGGUGGUGUGCACACGCUGGCGCCGACACUGAGGCACCACGACGAAGUUCCCGCUCCAAGGAGCCUUGGCAAGUUGAGGCUCGAGGAUUACUGCGACGACCUAGCGGAGCUCGCUCGCAGCGUGGAAGGCUUCUUGGUCCUUUGCGGCCACUCCAUGGGCGGGUUGAUUGCCCUGAAGCUUCUGGAGCGGGGCAUUGGACAUGCUGCAAUCCUGCUGGCGCCCGCUGCUCCGGCAAACGUGAUCGGAGGCGCGGCACCGGCUGCCUUCUCGCAGCUGAUCUUGUUCGCGCGCCAUCUCGACGAGCUGAUAUGGAAGCGGCCUGUGCAGCAUGUGUCGAGGUGGGAGCGUCGAUUCGGCUUCUUCAACCGGCUAGCGGACCCGGAGGUCCGCGACAAGGCGGAAGCACUUUUUGGGCCCGAGUCGGGGGCUGCCAUCGCAGACCUGCUGUGGUGGCCAAUCGGACGGAUGUUUUCGUGCUCACGCAGCCAGGGCUACAUAGAAAGAGACCUGGUCACGCAGCCCGUGAUUGUCUACGGCGGCACGCGGGACCGCGCAACGCCAUACACCCGGCGUACUGCCAGGCUCGUGAAUGGUGAGUCGCACCGCCUGCAAGGGCGCGGGCACUGGUUGCUUGGCGAGGAGGGCUGGCAGGAGCUGGCAGAUGAAGCGGCGGCCUGGGCGCUGCGCACUGCCGACGCCGCGCACUCCGAGAGCGAGCCGAGGUCUUGACUCCACUGCCGAGGUGUGAGCCACCCACGACUUCCGCUGGCACGACGACUUCCGUUGGCGUGGCGUCAAAACCUCGGCAGUGCGCAAUGUGGUUCGACCGCCCUCGUGGGUGGUCGUGCGCCCCCGUUCGCAGAAAAGAAUUUUCCCGUCGGGAGGAUUU